CUAACAAUUAGCAAUUACGAGUUUCGAAUAUAAGCAACAAACAAUAUUGUUGCGUGCACGCGUCGCGUUCUCAAACCUGCGCCAUUAGCAUAAGUUAUAGUGUGUGUGCAAAAAUCGCAGAGUAGGUGGCGACGACGAAGGCGAGGAAGAAGCAGCAGCAGCAAAAAAAAAGAGUGAAGUUGUUACAUUUUGGGGAAAUCGCAUGAAAAUUAAACAAUAAUUUUAAUCGAACACCUUCUUUGGAUACAAAGUGUGUGCAGAAGCGCUGUUGGUUGUUAUAAUAGGCAAAUUGUACGCAUUCAAAGGCAUACGAAACGCGUGAAAGAAAAACCAAAGCUGUAAACUCGGGGGGCAGGCGCAGACACCUGCAAGUGCAGGGAAUAAUGAAAACAACAAUGAACACUAAACCAUGCUAUUAGUGGUGCUAUAUACGCGUGCGGCCCUUACAUAAAUUGUUAAUAAACAAAGGACGCUUUCGAAUUAUGUUAAACUAGAGCGACGCUUAACCAGGAAUUAAGCGACAGGCAGGCAGGCGAGCGUCGAGCUCAUUAUGUCUACUCCAGCAGCAGCGCAGUCAACGACGUCGCCAACGCUGCCAUCCACAACGACCUCGACCAGAGCCAAAACAACAACAUUUACAAACGACGACAUAAAAGUAGUAGCAGCAGCAGCGCAUGCGUUUUUAAACAAGGAGCAGCUGACACUGGUAGAGGAGUAGUGUGUAGUCCGCCAUCCGCUAUCCGCCGACGGCAGCAGCAGUAAGCAGCAUAUUUGUGCACAUUUGGCUAAAGAUUCAACUGGUCUCCCAACUGGCAUCCAAUGACUGUUAUUGUUGUUGCAACGGCGCACUUUUCUAAAGUUUUUUGUUUUGAAUGUCGUCGGUAAUUGAGUUGUGGACUCCACUAGCAACUGGCAUUCACUGGCACAAUGCAAAGCUUGGACUCAUCAUGCCAAGAAGCAGACUUUAUAAUAAAUGACACGUUAAAAAAGCUAAAGGGUUCCAACAACGCAGCCAACGCGUUGAGUGCAAGCGCCCAGGGCCUAACGCAUGCUGUUGGCACGGGCGUUCUGCAGCUGCAGCAGCAACAGCAGCAAUUCGUCUACCAGGCGGCGCCACAAAGCUCGCCACAGCAGCAGCAACAGCAAUCAUCGUAUUUGCACACGGUGCUACAGUCUGCCUGUUCACCCACACAACAGCAACAACACCACCAGCAUCAGCAACUCUCGCCCGCAACGCUGCCCUUAAGCUUUCCAAGUAGCAACAAAUCCUAUUUGGAGACUAGCUUGUUGCAAGCCAUACCACAAAUACCUGCGCAACCGCCAAUUUGUAUAUUCGAUGAUGAUGAAUCGCCCACGGAUAUGCCAGCGACUGCAACAAGCGGCACAAAUAGCUCUGCACUGGGCAGCAUUGUUAUACUCACAGAAACGCAUGCGGCAGCGAGUGCGUCGGCCACGCCAAGCGUUGGCUUGUCCACUGCGAUUGCCCCAUCGCCGUCGUCGUGCUCUUCAUCAACCACAACGUUGUCGAAUUUCAAUUCGAUUACAUCACCCUCACCGGUAGUUCCUGAUCUGUUACUGUCAACGCCGCCUGGUAUUAAUCCUAGCAUAAACAGCAGCGGAAACAGCAAUAGCAAUAACGUGAGCAGCACCUCAGCGACGGCACCUACCGCUGCUCACAUUUUCCAACAGCUGCAAACAACGCAAACAAGCAUCAGCAGCAACAUCAACAGCACCAGUAGCAGUAGCAGUAAUAGUAAAAAGGCUGAGAAGCGUCCACCAAGCAACAGCAACUCCAAUAAUUCGUCCGGCAGUCAGCAUCAUCACAAUCAUCAUAUACUAACGAGCGCAUCACCCGCCUCAUCACCCAGCAAACGUCAGAAGAAUAGCAGCAAAGAGUCCUCUAGUUCCUCUAGUCGCAGCAGCAGCAGCGCCUCAGCUUUAACGUCGGCAGCUCGAAACAGCAGCAGCAGCACCAGCAACAACAACAAUAGUAGUAGCAGCACUUCACAUAAGCGGGAAAAUGCUGCUGCUUCUAACAGUUGCACCUCAAGCUCCACAAAGUUCUUCAAUAUACACGAGAAAAUCAAGGAGCUAUAUUUGCAGUUGCUCAGCAAUGAUUUGAACUACUUUACGGAAACUGGCUUGAAGCAGCGUACACGCUCCUUUAUACUGGAACGUCUGGUGGAGCGUGAGAGACUGAACACAAUUGUCGUCAAUCUAUAUCCAGGAAAUAAGGGUUACUCCUUGGCACUGUAUUAUGACGAGCAUUUGAUUCUGAAUCCGCAAACAAACGAAUGGCACGCUAUAGAUCAGCAGGUGCAGGUGCCUAACGUCAUUGGAGCGGACGGCGACAUGGGCGUACAAGUGAAGAGCUCAGCUAGUCGCAGCAGCAAGGCUGAUCUGUUGGAUGCGAAGGUCAAGUCACGUUUGCUGCCAGGAGAUUGCAUUGAUGGGGUGGCUACCAAAUCGCAUUACGGCCUGGUGGAGGUUUUGCGCUGGCCCUACGAGAACGAUUUACUGCUGCAGUGCAUCGAUCGAGAGCUGCUUCCCGAGUUUCUUAUGGACAUUCUGACUGCGGAUUCCAUGACUCUCAAUUCCGCACAAGAUGGCAGCGAGACGCCGCGUAUUUAUGCCAAGCCCAACGUCUUCUAUGCGGGCUGUAUAAUCGCGCAAAUCCGCGACUUUCGUCAGACCUUUGCAACGUCAACGAAUAUCUGUGAUAUGAAGCACAUAAUGCUACGGCCCACCAAUGCGACGCUCUUUGCGGACGUGCAACAGCUGAGCGGUAUAUCUAGCUCGACUCCGGAAGAGAAGCUGGCGCUUGAGAGUCAACUGGUGUUGGCCACAGCCGAGCCGUUGUGUCUGGAGCCCGAUCCGAGCAUCGGCCGACUGGCCAUCAAUGCCCAACACGAACGUCAGCGCUUUAAUUCGCACGAACUGCGACGCCAAAUGAAAAAGUUCACACAAACUGCCAUCAAUCGCAAACGCAAACUCGACCAGUUUACGCAUCAUCAUGGCCUGGAGUUGUGCGACUAUUUGACCCGUCUGCGCCAACGGCCGCGUAGCAGCAGUAACAACAACAACAUCAGCAGUGCAACAACAGCCACAGCACCCAGCAAUAACCCACUAGUGGGCGCUAUGCUCUCCUCAUUCACAUCAAAGGUGCCGCGGCGACCGCACGAAGUAAUAAGACCCAUACGUCCCCCUUCCCUCGAAUAUCCGGCCAAUCUUAAGGUGCCCGAGCAUGUGGUAAAUGUGGAGAAAUAUGCCAAAACGUUCGAGCCCCUAAACGAGUUUAGCGAGGCCUGCAAGGAACGCUGUCAGCCAAAUUGCCGGCACAGCUUUCAGCCGCAGCUCAUUGAGGAGUAUGUGUUGGAGACCGAACGCGAGGCGAACGAGGGCCGACGUGCAUUGUAUCACAUAAAAUUAUCCAUUUAUCAGCGUCCCUCCGACGCUGAAUAUCUGGGCGAGUUGUAUGUGGAUCGGGACUAUCGCGAGGGGGAGCGCAAUGGAGAAUCCUGUCGCUUUGCACUCGGCACGCGUGUGCAGGCGAAUCGUUAUAUACAACAAUUUCGAGAGAUUUUUACGGAGGAGGGACGCAAGGCAGUCAAGAUAACGCACUUGAUACCCGGGCACGUGCCAAUUGUCACGCAUACAGGGCUCACUAACGAACAGAGACUGUUGCUGCAACAACAACAACAACAGCAGCAGCAGCAACAACAGCAGCAGCAACAACAGCAGCAGCAACAACAACAACAGCAGCAACAACAACAGCAACGACAGACACAAUUCUCUGUACAGGCGCAACAGUUGCAACAACAAUUACCGCAACAACAGCAAUCGCACACACUGUCCGCCACUGUACAUCAUGUUGCGCAUCCCAACGUCACCCUGGCCCGCCAGCAAAUGAGCAAGGCUGUGAGCAUAGCUGGCAAUAAUGCAAUAACAUUGCAGCAAGCAUUUCGACAGCAACCCCAAGCACUUACAACAACGCAAUAUACUCUCGAUGGUAGCGGUACGUUGCAGUUGCACACGCCGCAGCAACAGCAGCAGCAACAACAACAGCCGCAGUUAGUCAUGCAGCAGCAAGCGGCCCCACAACAGCAGCAGCACAUACAACUGCAGCAGCUGACAAGCAAUAAUACAACUUCGUCCACUGCCACACAUCAGCUGAGCCUGAGUAAUGGCUCGUUGGUGUUGGUGCAACAGCAACAGCCGCAGACGCAGCAGUUGGCAACGGCAUUGCAGCAUUCAGGAAUCACAAUACAACCUGCCAAUAUGCAACAGCAACAACAACAGCAAAAGGCGCAAAAUGUGAAUAUUGCCCAAAUGAAUGCGGCUAAUUCGGCAUUACGUGCUCAGCUCAAUUCCAAUGUGCCAAUUCUACAAUCGCAAUUGAAAUCUUCGCCCAUAUUGAACACCCAGCAACAACAAUUGUUGCAUAAACAACAGACAACUGCCACCAACAACAAUAAUAGCACCAACAAUCUUAACAGCAAUACCCCCAUGCAUUCAAAUCCUGCUAUCAAUGCCAUUGUUAACAGCAUCAUGAAUUCCGCGAAUCAAUAUCAACAACAGCAACAACACUCCAACAACACACCUGCCUCUAACAACAGUAGCAGCAAUAAUAACAACAACUGCGCAGCUGUUGCUGCUGGCAAUAACAACAACAAUAACACCACAACUAUUGUCAGCAGCAACAGUAACAGCAACAAUAACAGCAGUGGCAUCGGCAAUACUACAACAACUACAACGCUCAAAAAUUCCGGCAAUGCCUCGAUACUAAAUCUGCUCAACAGUGCACCAGCAGCGAUGACGAGCACGCCAGUUGCCAGCGGCACUUUUACAACGACCACGGGACAACAGCAAACCCUCACAUUAGUGCAGCAUGCAACCAAUCCGCAACAGCAGCAGCAGCAGCAACAGCCACAGCUUGCGCCUACCACUGCCGAUGCCUCGACUUAUGUGCAAACCGCACGUGGCACGCCCACAUUGGUCAGUGCACAGCGCAAACAGCAGUCCAGUGAAGUGUUGCAGAAUCUGUUGAAUACCAAUCGCAAGAUCAACAUUGUGGGGACCAGUGGUGCAACCACCUUUCGCACCAAUUCAGCUGGCAAUCUGAUAGCCGUGAAUCUAAACCAAGCGCCACAGCAGCAGCAACAACAGCAGCAACAACAACAGCAACAUGCAGCAGGAUCUGAUGGCAUGGUGCGUGUCUCAAUGUCAGCGCUAGCCACACAACUGGCAUCACCACCGGCCGUCAUGACAAAUCCCACCACCAGCUAUGGCGCCUACACGGUCAGCACGGGCGGCGUUUGCAGCAGCCUCAAGAUACUCAACACAGGCCAGCAACAACAACAGCGCAUACUGAGCACACUGCGACGCGACAGCACCACUGGCAGUGGUGCUAGUGGAGCUCAAGUGGUGGCACCGCCCAAUACCAUAGUCGUGGGCAUGGCAGCCCCAUCGCCAGGCAGCGAUUCUAAUGCGUCAAAUGCCAGCGGCUUUGCUGUGCCCACCAAUGUUAGUUCCUCAUCGGCGACUAACGCUGGCCUCAGCGCACUGCUCACAAAUGCAGCCACGCCCUCACCUUCCGGCUCGGAUCAUUCGCAAUCAUCGCAGACGGCGCAUCAGAAUCAAGCGCUGCUCGAGCGACUCAGCAAUGUCACGUCGAAUGUCUCGGCGGUGGCUAUACCGCAUAUGUCGCCGCAACAGGCACAGCAGUCGCAACAAUUUAUUACCAAGACUUUGGUUCACUCGCCCGCCACCUCAUCCAUACACUCGCCCAUGUCUAGUCCGCAUCCGCAGCCAUCGGCAUCGCCGCAACAGCAGCAGCAGUCGCAACAGCAACAAACCACCGCCACACUGAACCUGCAGAGUAUCAAUUUGUCGCAGCUCCAAGGCGCCAUGGCCAAUUUUCCGGGACUGCAGAAUGUCCAGGUUCAAAUACCAGGCUUCACCCAGCCCCUGUCGCUGCAAUUCUCCGGCAACAGUCUCCAGCAGCAACAGCAUCAGCAGCAGCAACAACAACAGCAGCAGCAAGCAACAACGAGCGGCAACACCACCCUAUCAGUGGUGCAGGCCAACCAAACCGGUACCAACAAUGCCAUGCAGCAGACCCAGCAGCGUAGUGUCCUCGUUUCCGUGCCAGUCUCUGCACAGCAGCAACAACAACAACAAUUGCCACACACUAUAACGCUGCAAACCCAAUCGGCGCCGCAGCAGCAGCAACAGCAACAACAACAACAGCAGCAACAGACCACAGGCACCAUUGUCAGCUUACCCUCUGCAGUGGCCGGCACCCAGACUGUGGUCAUCACCAAUAAUGCUGGGGGCGCCAGUGGCGCGGGCAGCGGGACAGGCAGUGGGACGGCAAUGCUCACAUUGCCAAUUGCUCAAAUUGUUGGUGCCGGUGUACAAAAACUCAAUUCUCAAACAAUACGUACCUCAAGUGUUGCCGGUGUGGCCGGUGUUGUUGGUGGUGGUGUAGGUGUUGCAACCCUGCAGCAACAGCAGCAGCAGCAACAACAACAACAGCAGCAGACCCAGGCGCAGCAGCAGCAGCAACAACAACAGCAACCCAACAGCACCACCGCGGCAGCAAUCCAUCUGGUGGGCACAAUUCAGCCACGGGCCCGAAACAUCCAAGUAGUGGGUGCCAAGCAAUUGGCCACCAAUCGCCAGCUGCUGACUGCGCAAAGACAAAUCGGCGCCUCGACACUGAAGAUUGCAACAACACCGGGUAAUGCUAAUGCCGGAAAUUUGAGUGGCACUCCCAUUGUCAUGUCUGCACAAAAGUUGCAGCUGAAAACGCUCAAAGCGCCAGCCCAGCAGCAGCAACAACCACAGCAGCAGCAACAACAUCGCAUCCUCAAUCAGCAAUCGCAGCAAGCAACAGCAACGGCCGCCUCGCAAACGUUACCCAAUCAACAACAGCAACAACAACAGCAGCAGCAACAGUUGCAGAACAUACAGAUUGCCGGACGCUCAACCUCAACGAGCCUAAUUAGUCAGCGCACUAUGACAGCGCUUGCGGCGGUCAAACAACAACUACAGCAGCAGCAACAACAACAACAACAACAACAGCAGCAGCAGCAGCAACAACAACAACAGGCAGCUGUGAAUCGAAGGCGCUCCACCACAGAUGCCAGCAAGUAGAUGAUGUUUCUGAGAUGGCUUUGCCAGUCCUGGCGCGAUCAAAACUAAAAUUUACUUCUUGCUACACAAACGCCUAGUUGUCCAGCAAUCAUACACACACAAAUACCCACAUUAUUGUUAGACUUAAUGUUAAUAGCGGCCGCCCCUUUAAAGCAAAGUCGCGAUUUCCUCUCUCCUCCCACGCCUCCUUCCCCUGCCCGCGUUUUCAUGCAUGUAAUAACUUAAUAAGUAUGUGAAAACCGCCAACUGGCGUUCUAUUUAUUUUUGUUAAAAAAAGAAGAAUUGUAUAAGGCUACAUUGUGUGAGUAUUUGCAUGAUAUUAUAGUUUAUGAUCAACACUUACAUAGCACAUACUACCCGUACAUUGUAUACCUAUAUAUGCAUACAUACAUAUAUAUUCAUAUACAAAUACAUAUAUCUAUUUUGGUGUGUAUAGUUGUAAGUCUAAGUGUAGGGGCUUGCUUGUGCUUGUGGCAAGCCCAACAAUAAAGCCGCGCAUCUAAUGCAACAAGUGUAGCUGGCCAGAGACACUUUACAAUCGCAAAUUGAAAGGCAUCUUCGACUUGCCAAUCCAAUACCUUAGCUGAGCAGAGCCCUCGACCCACUCCAUACUAAGUACCACCAUGGCCCACUUGGCGGCAGCGCUUGUGUUUCCCCUCUUAACUCAAUUUUUAAAUUUUUUCUACUGCAAACGAAUUAGGCCUAUAGCUCUUAAUUAUAAAAUUAACUAUUUAUCUAGUUGUAAACAAACAAAACAAUUGUUUCAUAUUUGCGAUAAAAAGAUUUCGGCUCUAAACUAACUUUCAAUUUUGUUAUAUUUUAAACGUAGUGGAUAAGCGUGCUAAUAGUAAGCUAAAAAGUGAAAAAAAAAACAAAUAUUAAAAGCAAUAUUGAGAGAAAAGAAAAACAAACAAAAAACAACAAAAAAAAAAACGUAAAUUAUAUGUAAACACAAAUUGCUUAUUACAUCUAGUUACAAAAGUAAA